CUCAUUAGUUGGCCCUAUCUCAGUUAGACGAACACACAUACCCUAGGGAAAAUUUGGGUUGUCGAAGUAAGGAUAAUACAUAGCGAAAACACCGUACACACAGCAGUCAAAUCGGAUUUCCGAGUAAAAUUCAGACAGUUCUGCUAAAAUUUGUUAAGGUUCGUUUCAUUUGGGCCCAGUCCUGAUAGCAACGAUGGCCAGCUGCGAUAUGCAAGAGACUCCGUCCCAGGAGGAGUUGAAGAAGAAUGAAAUCAUCAAGAAUGUGAAAAAUUCGGUAGAAGGUGGGCCCUUAAAUUUAAAAUCUAAUACCGAUACCGAUACCGAUACUGAUGCAGAUCCGACGACCUCGUCGGGGAGUGAGCUGCAGCAAUCGGCCAGUUCGGUGACAAAGCUGACAAAGGUGACAAAGAUUCCGGGGCCUGUUCUUCGCCAGAGCAGCAGCCGCCUGUACAGCUCAGUGGUUCGCCUGUCCAAGCAACCCAGCUCCUUCGAGGACCAGCAGGUGGCCGACGACUCGGGCAUCCACAUGGACUCCUCGAUGACCGAACUGGAGGCACCGCUGUCGGUCAGACCUAGUCCCAUACUGCAGGCGAUUCUCGAGCGGAUUCCGGGCUCCAGCAACGAACUGGAACUUCAGCAGGCCGAGGAACAGACCCUCAAGGAACUUCAACGGGUUGUCGCCGAAAUGGAGGCUGAAGUGGCCCUAGAUGACCUGGAUAUGCAGGAGCUUCAAAGCGCUGUCGAAUCCGAGCCGCUUGGUCAAAACGAAGCCCAAGAGGAUUCCGAUCUCUAUACGAGUCAGCUUUCUGCAAACGAAACUUGUCAGAAACCACUGCCCAGCGAUCCUAAGCUGGAACCUUCAAAUGAGAAAUUGACGGAGGACCAUUUGCAAAUGCAGAAAGAGGAAUCUGUGGACGAGAAAGAAUCUGCAGAGAAGAAAAAGGAUGCUGAGAAGGAAGAGACUACUGAGAAACAGGAGUUUGUGGAGGCUUGUGAUGCUUUUGACCAAUUGGCUCAAGAGCCAACUCAAGAGCACCCACAGUUCGUUCCUGAAGAAACCGCCCAAGAAUCUGGGGACCGGGAGCAGAAGUCUGUACCCGAUUCGCUGCUGGAGGAACUCGAAAUGGCCAUAACCGAGGAGGAGCGAUUCUUCCGGGAAGAGCUCGAGAGGAGCCGGGAAAUGCUGGGCCAGAAGUUUCAACGCCCAGCGGAUGAGAUACUUUCCACCACUUCGGAGGAGGGACUAGGAGUCCGACCCUCGCUGGCCAGCAGCCAGAGCGACCGCCGGAUGGUGCCCUUGGAGGAGCUGUUGGAUGCGGAGCACAAUGUGGAGCUUCUGCGUCAGCUGCUGCAGACCGGAGCCGAAGAAGCCACCACUGAGGAGCAAAAGGAGACGAAAGCGGCAGCGGAAACCGAAACCGAGACCGAGACCGAAACCGAUUCGGAUCAGAAUCCGGCCCAAAAAGAGACUAACAAGCUGCCGAGUUUCUUGCGGCGCCUAAUGAGUAGCAAAAUCCUGCAGUUCAGCUAUCCCAUACUGUUCUGCAGCGUAGCUUUUAGUUUGAUCUACCUUUCGCGCAAGGAGUAGGCGACCGUUUUGGAAAUGGUAGUUAGAAUAUAUAUACAAGCAGAAACAACAGAUACGACUCCGGUAAACAUGUACUUAUCGUACAAAACAAUUCAAAAUCGAUUGACGCAUUGGCACAGAGUUGCCUUUAACGAAAUAUAUUUUCAAAUAAAUAAGAACAUCAAAAGCAAAAGCUUACACUGUUGCCAUUUUGUAAGUUUUAUAAGUGUAUUUGAAUAAAUGCGCCAAUUACUGAA